AUGUCUCCCGCCCAAGACGAAGCCGACGCCCUCCUAGACCACAAGCAAAAGCCAUCAGCCCACCCAGAAGACCUUGCACACUUCUCUGGAGACGAAGACAACGACGUCGACCGCAGCGACGAGGAAGAACACAACGAGAAGCGCACCAACGACGCCGCCGCAGACUCAGACGAGAGCGAGAUCGACUUCUCCAGCACCAUGAUCUCCAAGCCAGCUACAUACCACAUCCCUUCUACCAUCUACGACGCCAACACGGGGCCCAAGGGCGUCAUCGCCGAUGCACAGUCCUUUGAGCGUGCGAAGAAGCGCUCGUUCCGACGCACCCUGACCUCUCCCGGCGCAUUCGACUACAGCAACCCUUUCUCCCGGGGACAGACCAACACCGGAAACGAGAAACAGAGCAAGAACAGCAGUAACAGCAACUAUAUACGUCGUGGCGCCAGUCCCGGUGACUCUGAGGACAGCGACGAGGACGAGCGGUUCAUGCGCCAGUGGAGAGAGGCGCGCAUGCAGGAGCUUCAGAACAAGGCUACUCGUCGAGUCAGCCCGAGCAAGAGACGGUAUGGCACCGUCGACACCGUCGAUGCCACAGGGUACCUCGAUGCCAUCGAGAAGGUCACCCCAGACACCGUCGUCGUCGUCUGCAUCUAUGAUCCAGAGGCUACCACGCGCUUCGUCAAGUUGCACUACGAGAUCGCCGAGAUGGACCAUGUCACCGCCCCGGCCCUCAUCGCCUACAGAAACGGUGAAGUCUUUGCCACCAUCAUCGAUGUCCUAAGCCAGAUACCGGAUGGACGGGGCUGUAGCUCUGCUAGCAUAGAGGCCUUGCUCAUGCAACACAAGGUUCUCUAA